GCAACGUUUACACGUUGCUGCCCCGUACGCACUCGUCCAGCUACACGAAGGCACCGCUACGAAACACGACUGCUGCCGACCGAGAGCCGCACGUCGACGCCAACUAGUUUUCCCAUACGCACACACGGCGACCGGCGGCGUCAUUCGCACAUUCGCACGGCGACCACGACCGCGAUCGGCCGUCUUUCUACGUUCUCUACGAUUAUUUUUUUAUUUGACACCGUUUACCGUUCUACAGUCGUUUUUUUUUCUUACUCAAACAUCUCGUACGCCGAAAAUCGUUUUCGUACGGUUUUCGCACCGCCAAGUUCCCCGGUCGAAGCGUAGCUUUUCGCGCACCGCCGACGCACACACGGCCAACACCGGCAGGACAUCAUGACGACCGACGAAUGGGGAUACGAAGAGUUUAACGGACCAAUGGUUUGGCCAAAAUUAUUUCCACAAGCCGGUGGUUUAUUACAAUCACCAGUCAACAUUGAAACUUCGAAAUCUACUAACGACAUGACUCUAAAGAGCAAACUUUUGUACUGGAAUUACUGCCCUGAAAUGUGCACAAAAAUUAUCAACACUGGGUAUGGAUGGAAAGUGGAUGCUACCGGUGGUGAAGGAUCAGAACUCUCUGGUGGUCCAUUGGGACAUAAGUACAAAUUGGAACAGUUUCAUUGUCACUGGGGAUGCACUAGCUCCAAGGGAUCAGAACACACUGUUGAUGGAAUGCCAUAUGCGGGCGAGUUACAUCUAGUCCACUGGAAUUGUGAUAAAUACAAUUCAUUUUCCGAAGCCAUUGCCCAUCCAGAUGGUUUGGCCGUACUUGGAGUGUUCUUACAGGCUGGAACCGAAUCUCACAAUGAAUUGGAAAAAAUUGUUUCAUUGAUUCCACAAGUGGCCUUACGAAACCAAACAGCUGAAAUAACCAACUCCAUCGAUCCAACAAAUUUGUUGCCUGAGGACGUAACUUACUGGACAUAUCAUGGUUCACUGACCACUCCACCAUGUUCGGAAUGCGUUACAUGGAUUAUGUUCAAGAGCCCAUUAGAAGUCUCCGAAAAACAACUGAACGCGUUCAGGAGCAUGAGGACAUGGACACCUGAAGAAUGUUGCUCGGAAGCUCACGGCGGACCUCAACUGGUCAACAACUACAGGCCGCCACUGCCACUUGGAAACAGGGUACUUAGAGAAUGCGGUGCCAUGUGAGAUGAACAUGUCGAACAAGCAUAUUAUUAUAUCUUGUAUUUAUUGUAUGAUUAUAUUAAUGGUCGCCAUCGAAAAACACAUCCGAUCGACGACCACAGCAAGAAACCACCGCCAUCACCAGCACCACAAGAAGCUAACGUAUACGGAUUGAUUUAUUUUAAACUAUUUUAUUUUCUAUUUUUUACGCGUUUCUAAAUAUAAUAUUAUUAUAUAAUAAUAUGCACAAUCGACGAACGUCAUUAUUUUUAUUAUUAUUAUAUUAAUACUUUGCAAUGCGAUUUUAUAAUAUUUUUUUUCUAUUUUAAUCAUCAAUUAUAAUUAUUAUAUUUAUAUACAUAUUAUAUAGAUACCUAUAUGAUAUUAUACGCAUAUGACUAACAAGUGGGUCCACCUUAACAUUUUUUUUUUCGUGAUCGUAAUAUAACGUUAUUGAGAGUGUUUGUUUUUUUUAAAUUAUAUUAAUUUUUUUUUUUUAUCGUUCUAUAAUACGAUUUAUUAUACGAUUUAUCUAUAUUAUAUUAUUUUAUUGCUAUAAUAAUAUUGUGUAAUACAUGGUACGUAUAUUUUGAAUGAAAUUACUAAGUAGUUUUUUAAAUACAAAUAUACAGAGUUUUGGUUUAUUUA